UUCACCGUAGAAGGAGUGCAGCAUCCUCAGCUUGUUGAAGGUAUUUUGACCUGCAGCAUACACUGAAAAUGGCAUCUGCUGAAGACAUCCAGGUCAAGGAGCUGGACAAGCGGGCUUCCGGCCAGGCUUUUGAGGUGAUCCUGGGUGCUCCUGCUCCUGAUGGUAAAGGAGAGUUCCCCCUGUCGCCCCCCAAAAAGAAGGAUGUCUCUCUGGAGGAAAUUCAGAGGAAGCUUGAUGCUGCAGAGGAGAGGCGCAAGAAUCACGAAGCUGAGGUUCUGAAGCACUUAGCUGAGAAGCGGGAGCUUGAAAAGGAAGUGCUACAGAAAGCUACGGAGAACCACAACUUCAGCAAGAUGGCGGAGGAGAAGCUCCAGCUGAAGAUGGAAGCCAACAAAGAGAACCGCACGGCGCUUAUGGCAGCUAUGAAUGGGAAGUUCAAAGAAAAGGACAAGAAGUUGGAAGAGGUGAGAAAGAACAAGGAGACCAAAGAUCCCUCAGAAGGAACCUCGGAAGACUGAAGGGAAGGGGAACGGGGGUUGUAAAGGGCUUUUUACGUAUCCAAAGAUUGAUUGAUUUUUUGUUC